CCGGGCGUCGCACCGUACCGCAUCAGUUUGGUACCAUCCGCCAACACAUCGACACCCACCAUGAAGACCGUACUAGUUCUUGUACUGUGCAUUGCCUCUAUAUACGCCGAAGAACCCAAGCGGUCAACCAAAACCAAACGCGGCAUCUACGGCGAAUCUCUAGGGUAUGGAGGUCUUGGAGGACUGAGCGGUGGACUUGGAGGAGGUUUUGGUGGAGGUUUCGGAGGCGGAUACGGUUCCUUAGGAUCCUCAUCCCUCGGGCUCGGUCUAGCGGCUGCUCCACAAGCCAUCGCCGUACCUGUACCUCAACCGGUUGCGGUACCAGUUGAGCGUAUCGUUAAAGUAGCCCAACCUGUACCGGUACCGAUCAUCAAGAAGGUUGCGGUGCCGGUACCUGUUAAGGUAGCGGUGCCCGUGAGGGUAGCUAGUCCUGUUGUCUUGGCAUCCGGUGGAGGAUGGUCUGGUGGCAGCAUAGGAUUGGCCAGGUCAGGGUGGUCUUGGUGAACAGGUUCCGGAUGAUUCCCGGAAAAUAUUCUAUGCGUGUGUAAUUGAUAGUUGAAUAAAGAAAAC